CGGUUCAUGAACCAUUCGUGCGAAGCAAACUGCAAAUUCUAUGAAGUCCAGAAUCGACGCUUCGUUACGGUCGUGGUGGUGGCGAUGGAAGACAUUGGUGCGGGGUCCGAAGUUACUGUUGACUACGGGGAUGAGCUCUGGUUUACAUGUUUGUGUGGUUCCGAAGAUUGU